GUGAGGACAGUCUGUGCAAAUCUUGCGUCGUUCCAAGAGCUCUUUAAAGGUUUAAAGGAUAUCGCACUGUCUCUCACCCUCUGAGAAAGAAACUCUCGCGACAAAUCAACUGGAUUAAUAAUUAAUCCGAACAAUUCAAGAGAAGUGGAUAACAAAGUGGAGAAAUUUCUCAAGGUGCACUAUCCGGAGCCCCUCGCCCAUUUUGAAAGUGAUUCCCCGAUUUGCGAGUACUCCUCGAAUACCCAUUGUUUUUGGUUUUUUCAAGAAGUGUGGCGCGAAAGUUUGAUUUUGAAUAUUUGAGAGACCAAACUGAAGUUAGUCGUGAGUGCGCCAUGUGUUAGGGCAAGAAGUCUGGUGACACUUGUUUUGCUUAUUGUUAUUGUCAGCUUUUGUUUUGCUCGCGCUCUCGCGACCCGCACGACCGGGAGCGCGUGAUUGGCUACGGUGCGUCAGAGCGCGGACGAGAAGCGGAGCGAGGAUUUUCCGCUCCUAGCGAGGACAGGCCUGAAUAUGUCCGCGAAGCGAAAGGCCACUGCCAUCAUGCAGCACCACAAGGUAAGCCCCGAGCCCCACAAUUAUUUCUACGAAAAGAGUCAUCUACCAGAAAGCAAGAUCUUCCGAGCAGGUGACAAACAGGAAAACAUUUCAACUCCAGAACCUUCUGAUAUAUCCGAGGAUGAUCACUACUCAAGCGCGCUCAUGAAAGACGCGGAUAAGCUGAAGCUGAUGCUGCUCGCGUGGAAUUAUAAUCUUCAUCAUCAGCAGCAGGCUCAGGCACAGGCGCAGGCUGCCACCGCGGCCCUAUCGCCAAAUAACUCCUCGACAACCACAACCACCGUUGGCACACCUGUCACCAGCCAAUCGGCCAUUUGCACGGCAAACAACACCAUUAACAACUCCACACUUACAGAUUCACGAAAUGGAAAUUCGGAAAUGACGGAUUUAUCCGCGGGUGGAGUUCCCAGUUUGGGAAGUGUCGCAGGCGUUGGUGGAGAAGAUAUGGCCUCUUUGUGGGCCUCAUAUGCCAUGGGUCUUAAAAAAACCCCACCUCCUGCCUCAUCCAGCACGCCAUCGCGAUCAGAUCGUGACAGAGAAUCUAGUCCUGCAGGCGGGGAAGGCAACGGAAGCGCACAUGAUGAAACGAGCAGCAGUGGAAACAAAGAAGAUGAGGAUGAUGAUGACGAGGAUGGUGAUGAGAGGCUCGAUCCACGACAUCACGAUCCUGAACGUCUAAAGGCCUUCAAUAUGUUCGUGAGGCUCUUUGUCGACGAGAAUCUGGACCGCAUUGUUCCCAUAUCGAAACAACCCAAGGAAAAAAUUCAGGCUAUCAUCGACAGUUGCACGAGACAGUUUCCCGAGUUUGCUGAACGGGCCCGAAAAAGGAUCAGGACGUAUCUCAAAAGUUGUCGAAGGAACAAGCGUGGCCGAGAAGGAGCUCCCUGGGAUGCUGCAAGACCAACGCCAGCUCACUUGACCUCGGUACAGGCUGAACAAAUUUUGGCAACAGCCUGUGAAAAUGAGAGUGACAACGCGAAGCGCAUGAGGGUCGGCCUGGAACCAGUUUCUCAACCAAUGCCAACACUUCCCGCAGCCACGCAAACGGAUGUGCGCGCUAGUCUGGAACAUUUUUCAAGUACACCGGUAAAGUCACUUCCGGGAAAGCGGGAGGACACCCCCCCAACGUCGCUGAACUCCCUGGCGCCUUUAACCAGUUUGGCCAACUUGCCGAACAGCAAUCUCACCUCGACGCCACUGUCGCUUGCACCUGCAUCCAAAUUACUCACGCCUACCGACAAUAAAAGUCUCAUGAGCCAAGCAACGAUAGUUAGUUCUUCGGCUGUAAAUGGUGUGGCGAGUACAGGAGCGCCAACAGCCAUGUACAGACCUAACUUCAGUCAGGCGUUCCAACGUGCCGGGCCAACAACAGUGCCGCCAACCCUUUCCGCCGGACUUUAUCCCACCCAGAGUUUCACGUCGGGCCUACUGAGCAACGGUACACAAAGGCCGACGGACUUGAGUAUGAAAAACACAAAGCCGCUUUUGAGUCACAAAUUGAAUGCAACGGAAAUGACGGCAGUGAGGCAACUGAUAACAGGUUAUCGAGAAUCGGCAGCCUUUCUACUAAGAUCCGCUGACGAGCUCGAGCAACUGUUACUUCAGCAACCUUAAACAAUUUUCCCGUCUGCCAUGCACGCAAUUUUAAAUUUGCCACCGCAGCAUCGAUCGCAGCGCCAUCGAAAAAAAAAUUGCACACCAUCUCUGUAAUUCCGUUACCCCGAGAUUUAGAAAAAUUCCCUUUUUUAUCGACGGUCGGUAAAGCGAUUCGAGUUCAGUUUUUUUCUGUUACCGACGCACGGUAACAUUGAUCCGAGUCCUUAACGAGCUUCAUGUUCCGCCCGUGGCGCGACUCUUGAAACUCACAAAAUCCGAUAAAUAAAGUUUUUAAAAAACAGGGUGUAUAUAUAGAGAAAGGAGAGACGAUAUUUACUUAAUUAAUAAAUAAGCUCGGACAUAUAUAUUAUGGAGUAAGCUCGGUGCGUGAAUUAAGUGCAAGCUUGAAGGAAAUUUUGAGUGAAAGAAAUUUUUUUUUUGGACAAAAAAAAAUUAGUUUAUUAAUUUUUAUUGAUGUACUUGACGAAUAGAAAAGUUUUCAAAAUGUCUGAUUUGUUUGUUAAGAUUUUUUUUUUUUUUUGCACACUUUGCUGAUCUUGGAAUCUCGAGUCUGGAGUUCUAACUGUAAAUAUUAUUUUGGCCGAUAAGUAAUGAGAAUAUUACUGAGAAUUUAGAUUAUAGUAUUUUUUUUUAUUAAAAAAAAAAAAACAGUAUAAAUAUGAAAUUGCCUUACAAUUUUAAGGGAUCAGAAUUUUCAAUUUAAAUAAAAAAAUAUGUAUGUUUUUUGCCUAAUCUACAAUUUUAGGGUUGAAUGAAGUUUAGAAGUUUUUUUUUCAAUGCAGUAACAUUCUCAAAACUUAAUGAAUUUUUCAUUCUCGAAAUUUUAGGAACUCUACGUGACAUUUAUUCAACAUUGUGUACAUAGUGCGCUAGAAUAAUUGAAUGCGUAUGCUAAAUAGUCGAAAGGUGAGAGAUUGUGCGAUUACCGUGAAGCUUUUUUUCGAUUUGCAUCCAGGAAAAAAAAAAUUAAUUCAGCGGAAAUUGCUUUAAUCGGAAAAUUUGAUUUUUUUUCAUCAAAUCGGAACAAUAGGAAUAUUUACCGACCGAAAAAAUCAGAAUUUCUUAAUUUUCCGAUUGAAAUAAUUUAAAUUUAAUCCGCGAAUUUUUCCUGGGUGGAUAUUUCUGAAUAAUCCAGUGAAAAGUGGGAAGUCCCGAUUUUCAGUGGGUAAUUCAGAGAUUCGUAUUACCAACCUUACAAAAAAAAAUAUUACUGUUUCUGUUUUGUAAGUGAUAGAAAAAAAAAGUUCUAUUUUGGGACCAUGUCAGGAUCGGAAAUUUUGCAAGUUACGUGUGUGUUUCUCGGUCUUUCGUGUGUGCAUCACCGUGCUACCAAAGAACAGAUAAUUAACAAAAAAAUAAUAUAGUCCUAGUCUCAAGUAAUAUUCUCAACUUAAUGCUUCGAGUUACUUUACUAUUCUCAACUCUACGGCACAAGUACAAGAAUUCCAUUUCGCCUAAAAAUAAAAAA